GGGCGACAUUAAUGCCAGACAGCCAGAGCAUCUGUAUUUGUGAAUCGUGACUUGAUGUUAGUAGACAAUCAAGAAGUGAAAAACCGAUGGAGGAGCAGAGAGAUGGAGGGAAGGUGCAUGCGCUAAUCGAGAAGGCAACGACCUCAACAGCUUCAGAGGUGGACCCUCGCCUUCUCAAAGCCAUCAAAUCGGUUGUUCGUUCUUCUGACUCCGAGGUUCGUCUUGCUGUCGAAACCCUAAUGGAGAAGAUGAAGAAAGACCACUCGCAGGUUAGGUACCUUGCGCUUCUUAUAGUUGAUGAACUGUUCAUGAGGUCGAAGCUGUUUAGAUCCCUCCUUGUUGUGAACUUUGAUCAGUUUCUGAGUUUGAGUGUAGGAUUCAGAAGGAAUCUGCCACUUCCUGCCCCUCCUUCUGUUGCAUCAAUUCUACGAUCAAAAGCCAUAGAAUUUUUGGAAAAGUGGAAUGCAGCAUUUGGGAUUCAUUACAGACAGCUCAGAUUAGGGUUUGACUACUUGAAAAACACCCUUCGGUUUCAAUUCCCUAAUCUUCAGCAAAAUGCAGCUCGGUUACAGCAACAGAGACAAGAAAGGGAAACUAGGUCAAGGGAAAUAUUACUGAAAAAGUUUGAAACUCUUCAGGAAAAUCUUUCCAUCAUAAAAAGUGAAAUACAAUCCACUAUUGAUCAGAUAGGAGAAUGUUUAGAUAUUGUUGGUAUUAAAGAAGAUGGGUCUGCAACAUGUGCUACAGUGGAUGAUGAUGUUGAAGAGUAUCGUAGUUCUGCCUUGUGGCAGAUCCGUCUUGAAUCACUGAAAGAAGGGGAAAAAGUUCAUGAAAACAAUGACAAUAAGGUGGUCUUUGAUGUAUUGAGGGAACUAUACAAGCUACUAGUGACAAAGCAUUUGGCGUGUGUGCAAGAAUGGAUCUCCGUUCUUGUGAGGGUUGAACCAGAUGACAAAAGAAUCAGAGAUUCCACACUGAAAGAGUUCAUUGAUAUUCGCAAUUGUCUUCAAUCAGUGAAGAAUAGAUGUGAGCAAUCAGGUGUUGCCCUGCAGAACAUUGCAAAUCAUGAGGAAGAAGAUCUUUGGGAGGUUGGUAAGGUAGAAGUGCAUGAUUGUGGAAAUUCUAGUUUAAUGAGCAACCGUAGUGAAGAUCUUCCCAGUAUUUCAACUAUCAAUGAAGAAAAGGAUAAAGAUCCUGGCUGCAGUAAGACCAUAAAUGUAGAGGAGUCCUUGGAUCAUGGAGGAAGCAUAUCUGGUUCAACGUCUCUUAGGAGGAAGCUUUUGGCUGAAGCUCCGGUUGUGACUUGGGACUCUUUCCUGGACAUAUGGGGUUCAAAUCGAGUUGUUUUGGCCAACCAGAGGGGGAUGGAACUUGAGGGUCAUUGGGGUAGGGUUGACUAUGAUGCAGUUAUUCCAGCAGAAAACAUUGCUGAGUUGAAUGUCCAUAAAACUCUGUACAAAGAAGAGCCUGUUGAAAUCCAACCUUGCCGUGCUCCUUUGAACAGAGGCGGACUUUGUCAGAGAAGGGACUUGAGAGUUUGCCCAUUUCAUGGGCUUAUCAUACCCCGAGAUGCUGAAGGGAAUCCAAUCAAUCAAAACCCAUCAGUAGAUGAAGCAAAACUUGAUUUGAGGAAUAAGGUAGUUGAAUCAUUAGCAAAACAGGCAGUGAAAAAUGUACGUGAUAGAGAUAGAGAAGAAGCAAAUAAUAAAGACGAUAGACAGUCAUUGAAGCGUGCAAAGCUAGCAAAAGUUCGUGAACACAAUGAAGCGGUCCUACGCAAAGCUGCAAUUGCAUCGACCUCACAUUCUGAAAUUGUUGGAGAUGUGGAAGCAGUUGACAGGAACAGGCGUGGGGUCAGAGAGGAGAAGAAAACACUGGCAUCGAUGCUGCGUAAGAAAAUAACUCCAAAGGAUAGAUUGGCACAGAAGCUCUUGAACACCCGUGUAAGAGAUGCAACGACAAGACAGCUUACGCUGGGGGAGGAUGAAAAAUACAGAGAAGCUUAUCCAAACCAAUGGUAGAUAAUUCUGUUAAAAAUGGUUAGUAAGAUGAGUAGCUGAAAAUGCUUUAUGUGAUGCAGUGAAGAUUUAUUUAUGGGUCUCUGUUAAUUGAGAUUUCGCCAGUGCAGACGGACCUAGUUGCAGUCAUUGAGGUGUUUGAUGUAGCGAAACGAAAGAGAGAAAAAAAGAAAAGAAAAAACCAUGGAUACAGUCUUUAAGGAACUUACUCAGCAGUGUCCACUUUUGUAGCAUAUUGAGAAAGCAUGCCCUUACGAUGGACGUUGUGAUGUAUCUAUCAUAUUCAUAUAUGUAACACACAAUCAUUUAUUUGAGUAUAAUCAAGGUUUGAAGUA